AUGAAUUUAAUACUACGACAUUUCAAUUUACAUUAUGCAUUCUUCCUCCUCCUACUCCUGCAGCUUCCAAAUUUUGGUUGUUCCUCCACCAAUAUCACCACCGACCAGUCUGCCCUUCUUGCCAUUAAAUCCCAUAUCACCACCGACCCUAACAACAUCUUGUCCAACUGGUCCACCGCCACUCCCGUUUGUGACUGGAUCGGAGUUUUCUGUAAUCGUCGUCAUAAAAGAGUCUUCGCCCUUGACCUCUCCUUCAAAGGCCUCGCCGGCUCCCUGCCCUCCCAAAUAGGGAACCUCUCCUUCCUAGUUAAACUCAACCUCCUAAACAAUAGCUUCUCCGGUCAUCUCCCGGAGGGGCUGUCUAAUCUGCGACGCCUGAAAUACCUGAAUGCCGGCUACAACAACUUCGUCGGCAACAUUCCGGCGUGGUUGGGGUCCUUGAAGAAGCUCACAUACCUGGGCCUCUAUGGCUGCAGAUUCUCAGGUGCCCUUCCUGUUUCAUUAUCAAACUUAACUGAGCUACAGUAUCUUGCCUUGUCAUUCAAUAAGCUGGAGGGUCCAAUUCCCAGAAGUUUUGGGAACUCAACCUCCCUUCAAAACUUAUUUCUGGAUUUCAACAAUUUGAUGGGAGAAAUUCCUGACAGAAUAGGGAAUCUUCGGCAAUUGGAGACUCUUUCCGUAGCGAAUGCCAACUUGUUUGGAAAUUUUUCAAGUGAACUUGAAUUUCUUGUGAUGGGAGAUUGUGGGACAAUGGGAACUAUACCACCAGAAAUUAGAAAUUUGAGCAACAUACAAUUUUUACAUUUAGAGGCCAACAACUUGGGAGGAUUUAUUCCUACAAGCAUGAAGAGGCUAUCAAAGGUUCAGAUAUUAGGUCUUUGA